CUCCUCUCCGACAAAGACUUCGUCGAGAUGUCGAAGGGCAAGGAAACGUUCAAGGCCGGCUGCCUAUUCGACAAGUCGCUGAAGGCGAUCACCGCGCUCUUCAACGCCGAAGGCCUCGCGACCGACAUCCUCGUCGACAUGGCCAAGGACGAGCUCGGCGACCGCAUCCAGGAUCGCGCGGUGAAGGUCGUCGCCUCCGGGCCGGACGACGAGAUCGACCUCAGCUUCCUCGGCACGAUGGCCACCCAGGUCGUGAAGCUCACGCUGGCGAUCGCGCUGCACGCGCACCCGCUCGGGAGCGCCGUCUCGAUCGCGUACGCGAUCUACGUCUGGAUCGACGCGAAGGAGAGGGCCGCGGAGGAGAGGUGGCAGGCGGAGCUCGCCGGCCGGCUGAAGGAGCACUACGACCGCUGCCGGGAGAAGGCCGCGCAGCGGCUCGCGGACCUCAGGGCGAAGAAGCUCGAGCGGCGCGACCUGUCGAACGCGGCCCAGUUCAGCGAGGACGAGGCGAAGUUUAUCACCCUCUCCUGGUUCGACCCCGACGCGAAAGUGCGUCGCACGGCGCGUUACACCGUCGUUCGCACCGCGAAGAAGUUCUACGAGGACAUGUGCCAGCCUGCGAUCAAGGUUGACUCGUCGACCAUCUCCGACGCGACGUUCGCGCGCAUCGGGUGGAAUUAUCAUGCCCAGAUUGGGGAGUGGACCUCAGAGUUCCAGAAGCGGAAGACGGGCAAGCCAGCGCCAGCCCUUUCCACAAACGUGAUCGACGGCAUCAAGAGGAUUAUAGAUGCCGAAGAAGACGAACCCGAGAUACCCGACGAGCGACCAGCCACGAUCGAGGUGACGUUGUUCAAGACGCAUUCCAUGCCCCGCAAGUAACACCAUCAAGGCAACUAAUCCAUCAACAUAAUGACGUUUAUAUAGUUGUCAGAAGGACGGUAUCGCUGUACCAUAGUCAUUGUAAUAUCA